UAUAUAUAUGCAAAAAGUACUCAAUUUUAGGGAAUACUUUUUAAAUCCAAAAGGAAUCAAGAUUGUGCCUACUUCAAAUUUCAAAAGAGCAACACCGAUUGAGCGACUAUUUGAUUAAUCUGUUGUUUUGCACAGAGCCGAGAAGUAAUUAGAGAAAAAUGUUGUUGCAUUCAAAUUACAGCCAUACAAAUAUUCAUUGAAUAAACCUGAAAUAAAGCAAUAUUUUACGUAAUGUAAUGUGAUCUAAUUAUAAGAAAGUGUACGGAUUGAAUGUCGAUAAGGUGAGCACUAUUAAUUAUAUGGGAGCAAUAAAGAGAUCCCCCAAAGGAGGUCGUUAUAGAGAGAAGGACUUUAAGAAAGUGUAUUUAUAACUAAAUGAAGAUAUUGAACCAUUCUUUUAGAAAAUAGAGAAGUGA